GAACAGAACGUCAUUCUUCUUCCUGUCGAACUCCACAUCAGAAAAAGAGAAAAAAAAAAAAAGGGAAAAAUUCAAACUUCACAAAAAAAAGCAUGGCGAGUUGCCUGCACGCGCCAAUGGCUUACACAAUCCCGUCCUCCGCUUCUUCCCAAUCCGUUCGAAGACCGAAGGCUUUGACGCUUAGUUGCCGCGCUUUCGGUUCCAAAAGCGCCGCUAAAAUCCCCAUGCCUCCGAUAAACCCUAAGGACCCGUUUCUCUCGAAGCUCGCUUCUGUCGCCACUUCCUCCCCAGAAACGCUUCUUAACCGUCCGGUUAAUCCUGAUACGCCGCCGUAUUUGGACUUGUUUGAGUCGCCCACUCUCAUGGCUACUCCGGCUCAAGUGGAAAGAUCAGUUUCAUACAAUGAGCACCGGCCGCGGAGGCCUCCGCCGGACUUACCUUCAUUGCUUCUUCAUGGUAGAAUAGUUUACAUUGGCAUGCCGCUUGUGCCUGCGGUGACAGAGCUCGUAGUUGCAGAAUUGAUGUAUCUUCAGUGGAUGGAUCCCAAGCAACCAAUAUAUCUUUACAUAAAUUCUACAGGGACAACUCGUGAUGAUGGUGAAACGGUUGGAAUGGAGACUGAGGGUUUUGCAAUCUAUGAUGCACUUAUGAAUUUACAAAAUGAGAUACAUACAGUCGCUGUUGGGGCUGCUAUAGGUCAGGCUUGUCUUUUACUUUCAGCAGGAACUAAGGGUAAACGGUUUAUGAUGCCUCAUGCCAAAGCUAUGAUCCAACAGCCUCGUAUACCAUCAUCUGGACUGAUGCCAGCAAGUGAUGUUCUUAUACGUGCCAAGGAGGUAAUAAUAAACAGGGACAUACUAGUGGAACUUCUGGCCAAGCACACAGGAAAUUCAGUAGAGACGGUAGCCAGUGCGAUGAAAAGACCAUUUUAUAUGGAUGCUAGCAGAGCUAAAGAGUUUGGGGUCAUUGACAAGAUCCUUUGGCGUGGUCAGGAAAAGGUAAUGGCAGAAGUUGCUGCUCCAGAGGAGUGGGACAAGAAUGCUGGCAUCAAAGUCGUGGAUGGCUUUUAGUGUUUGGGUGGCGGACGCUUGUCAUUAAAUUUCGACCCAUUGGACUGCCUAUAUAAAUUCCAUAACAGAGUUCAAUCCGGUAGAAUACCCUUGUCGUCUUUUCGGGAGUCUUGAAUAUUCAGAGACACACCUGUUAUGAGCAGAAUUUUAACGAUACACUGGAAUAGAUCGCAGGUCGAUGGCAUACUUGAUGAAGAUGGAACCCAGGGAUGCACCAACAGAUUUAAGGAAAGAUACCAGAGCAAUGGUCCUUUUAAGUUUUGUGGUCAAAUUCUGUAUAAUCUUACAGAUUGUGAUAAUUUAGCCUUCCAUGCCACUUGCUAGCGUUGUAAACCAGUUUUCUCCUUUUAAACUUUUAUCAUAAGCCUGUCCGUACUAAUUUAACAUCAUUAGCCACCAGGAGGGCCCAUGUUUCAUAUCAUUUUAUAGUUUUAACUUCUCCA